UGUAUGAAUGCCUCCACACAACCCAACUCCGCCGUUCGUCUGGAUUCUAUCGAAAUUUUACCCCACAAGGAUACUUCAACUGACAAAAAUGAUCACGCAAGCUCUGCUUAUUGUAAGAUCACCGAGGUGGAGGUAAAUCGCUCCGCGAUAACCACAACGGAGCUAAACGACGCCAAAAGCAGCUGGGUUUCGAAAAGCCCUAGUACGGUGGUCCUGGGAACAGAUGGUAAUACAGUUGUAUUUCCGGGUAAUGCCAAUAAUGAAGAUGGAGAUGAGAACAAAGCCAGAGGAAACUGGUCGAAUAAACUGGACUUUAUUCUGUCUAUGGUGGGCUAUGCUGUGGGACUGGGGAACGUCUGGCGGUUUCCCUACCUCGCAUUUCAAAACGGCGGAGGUGCAUUUUUGAUCCCAUACCUGAUGAUGCUGGCAUUUGCUGGAGUCCCCAUUUUCCUCCUUGAAACAGCACUUGGCCAAUUUGCCAGUCAGGGACCAAUAUCUGUGUGGAAAGCUAUUCCUGCUUUGCAAGGAUGUGGAAUCGCUAUGUUGAUCAUCUCGGUUCUGAUUGCAGUCUACUACAACAUCAUAAUAUGUUACACCCUUUUCUACCUUUUUGCCUCAUGUAUACCUGUACUUCCCUGGGCAUCUUGUGAAAACAGUUGGAACACUGAAAAUUGUAGAGACAAGAACAAGCUGCUAUUGGAUUCUUGCAUGAUUGAAGAUACCAACAGUGUGCAGAUUAAAAAUACAUCAUUUUGCAUUUCUGCUUUUCCCAACCUCACCAUGGUGAACUACAGCAGACCCAUAAACAAAACCUUUGUCAGUGGGAGUGAAGAAUACUUCAAGUAUUUUGUGUUACAAAUUUCUGCGGGGAUUGAACACCCUGGGAAGAUACGGUGGGAAUUGGCAAUGACUCUUUUCUUGGCCUGGGUAAUCGUUUACUUAUCCCUGGCAAAAGGCAUAAAAUCAUCGGGAAAGGUUGUCUACUUCACAGCCACCUUCCCUUAUGUUGUCCUUGUCAUCCUCCUGGUCCGUGGGAUUACUCUGCCUGGAGCUGGAGAUGGGAUCUGGUACUUCAUUACACCUAACUGGGAUAAGCUGAAGGAUGCUAAGGUGUGGAAGGAUGCUGCUACUCAGAUUUUCUUCUCACUCUCUGCUGCAUGGGGAGGAUUGAUAACGCUCUCUUCUUACAAUAAAUUCCAUAACAACAUAUACAGGGACACUCUGCUGGUGACGUGCGCCAACAGUGCCACAAGCGUCUUUGCGGGCUUCGUUAUCUUCUCCGUCAUUGGAUUCAUGGCAAAAGAACUUAAAGUACCCAUCACUGAAGUUGCAGAUGAAGGUCCAGGUAUUGCAUUUGUGGUGUAUCCAGAGGCUUUAACGAGGCUUCCUUUAUCUCCAUUCUGGGCUAUAAUUUUCUUUCUCAUGCUCCUAACGCUUGGACUGGACACAAUGUUUGCAACAAUUGAGACCAUUGUGACUUCGGUUGUGGAUGAAUUCCCUGGAUAUCUCCGGCCCAAGAAACCGUUGUUUACUUUAGUCUGUUGUGUGAUUUUCUUCUUUAUGGGCAUCCCUAUGGUAACUCAGAGUGGAAUCUACAUGUUGCAGCUGGUGGACACCUAUGCAGCUUCCUACUCCCUCGUCAUCAUUGCAAUAUUUGAACUAGUUGGAGUUUCAUACAUAUAUGGAUUGAAACGAUUUUGUGAAGACAUUGAGAUGAUGAUUGGAUUCCAGCCUAGCUACUUCUGGAGGAUUUGCUGGGCAUUCUUCACUCCUACAAUUCUUACAUUCAUCCUCUGCUUCAGCUUUUAUCAGUGGGAACCCAUGACGUAUGAAAACUACAAAUACCCGGCCUGGUCGAUGGUGCUCGGAUGGUUAAUGUUGGCUUCUUCUGUCAUAUGGAUCCCUAUCAUGUUUGUGAUUAAGAUGCACUUGGCCCCGGGCAGCUUUAUAGAGAGACUUAAGCUGGUGUGCAGUCCUCAACCUGACUGGGGCCCCUUUUUAACUCAGCACCGUGGAGAGCGCUACAGGAAUAUGAUAGACCCUCUGGGGACCUCUUCUCUUGGACUCAAGCUGCCCCCGAAAGACAUGGAAUUAGGAUCUCAGUUCUAG